AUGGCAUCCGAGGCGGCACCCAAGGGGGCUAACGGGGUCCAAAAACCUCAAGAUGACUCGCUCGCAAUGUUUUUCGAUAAGGAUUUCGAGCCUGUCUCCUACGUGGAUGCGUUGUUUCAAUCAAUUUCAGGAUCAGAUAGCAAGUUCUCCAAACUGCUGCUAGCACGUCUCUCGUCAACACUGCUGGACGUGAUCACCCAUUUAGACUACCAUACCAACGAGAUUUCCCGUGACUUAGCAUCAAAACUCGAGUCCUUAAAGAACCUCUCACUGAGCAUCGGGCCCUCAAUGGAAUCAGAUACCGAGCCCAAUAAUGACAACACACGACUACAAUACUACGUUUCGGCGCUACAUAAUACGGUGGAUUCUUUGGAGGAUGAAUUACUGCAAGCUCAGAAACUGCUCCAAAAGAAUGAAAGUGGCCAGUCUGUAGCGGUGGAGUCUCUAAUAUUGCUAAAACGGGUCAAGCACAACAUACAAAAGGUUUUAAGAGUAUUGCAAUCCGCCCGUGACACGUUGGGCCAUGAUCCUCUGCAAAUCACCAUCGACCAAUUUCAGCACCUGUUGAAUCUUCUCUAUGAUUCGCUCCGAAACCAAUUACGGUCACAAUCAAGGGAGGAGCUUGAAACCACAAAGAGAAGUAUAAAGGCGCUUCGUGAAUUAUCUACAGUUUUUCAUCAGUUCACUGCUUUUGGGCCAGCGUAUAGCAGAUUUAUUGUCAGAGUGGAUGCUGAAACUCAAAAGGUAUGA